CACACAUUCACGGCCAAGGCCGGGCUGACGGCACAAGAGCCCGUUAUUUCCAGCACUGAGCAGGGUUCUCAUUCUGGAUUAGAUCCAUCUGCUCAUCUUGCACAUGGGUGUGAAGCCCUGCUCAAUAGCGCCCUAAACUAACGCGAAGCUCAGGCACACUAUCAAAUCCGACUAUGGGUCACCCACGCCCAACGGCCCACGCCCGCGAGAGGAUGAGAAGAGAGAGUGAGAGAGAUGGGGGAAAGGCAGGGUAGGGGAUGAAUGAAUGGACCAGGCGCAGUCGGUCGUUUCUUGCAUAUAAACACCAUCCUCCGACCUACAUGGGCAUGCUUUCCUUCCCACUUCUCUUCUUGUCACUCUCUCUUAUUACAGUCUUCGCGGAAUAUAAGUGACUCUUCAGAGUUCCACCGCAGUCCAUUCGUUCAUUACUGAAUCUGUACAUUCUUUCCAACAUAAUGAAGAGCGUCGUCUAUAUGGCCAUGGCCUUUGGCCUGGCUUCUGCCACCAUCUCCCCCCGCUACGAAAACACUCCCGCGGAGACAUGCGAGUGUGAUACCGAUGAUCUUUGCUACCAGGCUGUCCACGCUCUCGGUGCCACAUUCUGCGACCACAUCCAGAGCUGCGAGCUCCCCUCAGCUUGUGCUGACCGUCAGACUCUUGAGGAGGCUUGCACUUGCACUCUCCCCACUACCACCACUGCUGCUGUCGUCUCUACCACUGAGACUGCUAGCACCGAGGCUGGUACUGCCACAACCGAGACUGCUAGCACCGAGGCUGGUACUGCCACAACCGAGACUGCUAGCACCGAGGCUGGUACUGCCACAACCGAGACUGCUACUACUGAGGCCGGUACUGCUACUACUGAGACCGCGACCACUGAGGCUGCUUCCACCACCACUGCCCCUGCUGAGUCCAACACCACCACUGAGGAGGACUGCGACUCUACCACUGAGGAGCUCUCCACUGGCACUGAGACUGCUACUGCUCCUACCGGUACUGAGACCGCCCCUACUGGUACCGAGACUGAGACUGCUCCUGUCAACACUGACACCAAGACUGAGACUGCUCCUACUGGCACUGAGACUGCUCCUGUCAACACUGACACCAAGACCGAGACCGCUCCCACCGGUACUGAGACUGCUCCCGUCAACACUGACACCAAGACUGAAACUGCUCCUACUGGCACUGAGACUGCUCCUACUGCUCCCGUCAACACCAAGACCAAGACUGAGGGUGUUUCCACCACUGAGGGAUCCCACGGUACCCAGACCACUGAGGCUACCGUUCCUUACACUACCAAGACUGUUUACACCACUGCUGUCCACACCUACUCUAAGUGCCCUGACUACGUCAAGGACUGCCCUUACGGAACUCACGGCCCUUACACCGUCACUGAGACCGUUGCUGUUUCCACCACUGUCUGCCCUGUGACUGAGGAGCACCCCAAGCCUACUGGUUACACCACCAAGACCAUCUACUCUACUGAGGUUUACACCAUCUCCAAGUGCCCUCCUUCCGUCAAGGACUGCCCUUACGGUUCCGUCACCACCAAGAGCUACCCCGUCUCUACCACCGUCUGCCCCAUCACCGAGGAGCACUCCAAGCCUACUGGUUACGCUCCUCCUGAGUACACCACCAAGACUGUCUACUCCACCAAGGUCUACACUGUCACCAAGUGCGGCCCUGAGGUCAAGGACUGCCCUUACGGUUCCGUCACCACUGAGACUGUCCCUGUCUCUACCACCGUCUGCCCUGUCACUGAGGAGCACCCCGCCAAGCCCACUGGCUAUGCUCCUCCUGCCCACAGCACUCUCUACACCACCAAGACUGCCUACCUCACCAAGGUCUACACCGUUACUCAGUGUGGUCCUGAGGUUCCCAACUGCCCUUACGGCUCUGUCACCACUGAGACCGUCCAGCAGACCACUGUCUACGCCACCGGUACCAAGGAGAUUCCUUCUUACCCUACCGUUGUCGUUCCCAAGCCUGAGCAGCCUGAGCACCCCGCCCAGCCCGAGCAUCCCGCUCAGCCUGAGUACCCUGCUCCUAAGCCUGAGCAGCCCGAGACUCCUGCCCAGCCUGAGCACCCCGCCAAGCCUGAGCAGCCCGAGACUCCUGCUAAGCCUGAGCACCCUGCUUACCCUGCUCCUCCUGCUAAGACUGAGACCUACAAGGCUCCUGAGCCCAGCCAGCCUUCUGCCACUCUUCCCUACCACGCCCCCACUGGCACUGCCCCCGCUGUCGAGGUCACUGCCGGUGCUUCUCGCUUCGGUGUCGAGAUGGCCGUCGCUGCCGCCGGUAUCUUUGCCGUUCUUCUGUAAAUGCAUCAUGGAACAUAAAACUUUCCCUUUGCUGUUUAUUUAUUACAAACAUAAUAAGCUUCACUAUGUACAUAGUAUGAUUUAGACGAUCUUGGCUCGGCCAAGUAGUGGUAGAAAGAAUGGUUACGAUUUUUGGAUAAUAUUGUGUAAUUUUGCUGUUGAAGAUACCAUAUCAUCAAUUAUAGACA